AUGCCGGCCGUACAAGCAUCGAAGGUGAAAUUGUCACCGCAGCACCUUGGGUUUGCUCGCAUCGAUGAUAGUCCUGCCGGUGUUAUUGAGACCGCAAACGAGCUGCUGCAGAAAAAUCAUGAUAGUUACCACAUGUACUUCCGAGAUGUCGGUGGCCAUAAUCACAUCUCUCACUCAAUCCUUAGUGUUCUGGCCAUGGGUGGUGGCCCAGAGGAGCUGAAGAGGGCAUAUGACGAUGGCUACGGAUAUCAACGACCUUUGCCUCCACUGGACCCGGCAGUCGUUCAGGAACUCAGUGACCCAGAAAAGUUCAGGGCCAGAAUGUUCAAUCUCGAUCAAUAUACAAAUUUCUUGAUAUUCUUCGAGCAUGAAAUCGAAAUCAAGGGCUGGAAAGCUGUCGUGCAGGAAUAUUGCUUCAGCCGCACGUCCCUUGCUGAAACUAUGUUUUUUCAGCUGUAUGAAGGCCUAUUGCAUCCUAUCAUUCAUCUGGGUUUCGGUGUCGAGUUUGAACAGCCCAGUCUAAUUGCUGAAGGUCUCGCGCACGCAGCAUCACACGAUCCCGGCAAUAUCGACACUUUCUUUCAUCGUAGCGAGCAACUCGCACAGUCUGGCACUGUCCCGUCUAGGCCACUCAUCGAGCUGUACGAGGAAGUUCGCCGCAACGAAAAGACCCGCACUGCAGGUCGCAUGCAGGAUGGGCCCUGGCGGUUGAGGGAUGGCCCGCUGGCUCGCUGCAUGGAUGAGAUAGUCGGAAUUGCCGCGAAGUUCCAGAUCUCACCUGAGGACUUGGAGCGUCGGACAGCCGAGAUGAUUAACUGUGCUGCAUAUAGCGCAGUUGACUUCUUUAUCAUGCAUGAUGUCACCUGUUCCAUCUUCUUGAGCGUCUUGGUCAAGCAGCCUUGGAUCAAAGUCGAGGACAAGACGCGGUUAGUAGAAUGGAAGACAAGGCUGGACCUGGCUUGGUACGCGGCGAAUGGAGCAGCGGAAUUGCGCCUAGAAGACAUCUCUGGGUAUGCACCAACUGCAAGUAAGGGUAUGGAUUGGCGAGAGUUGUACAAAGCUGUGAACCAGGUUCAUGACGACGGACACAUCGCCAAAUUUGUGCGAGCCCUGAAAAAUGGGCAAGAGGCCUCAAGACCUUUUGAAGAGGGCGAAUGGGCUUCUUUAUUCCCUAUUAAGGGUGACUUAUGGUUGAAGAUCGCUCAAAUGGGAUAUGAUACGACUAAGGAUGGUAUUGAUAAUGGUGAUAAAUGGGUCUGGGGCGCCGGUUUUGACCUUGCGUGGAUGAAGGUGCCGAACUUGGAGUAA